AAAAACUCCAUUAGACGACACAGUUUUUAUAGUUGUUCCAGUCCAACGCUCUCUCUCUCUCUCUAUCUCUAUCUACAGCUUUCUCUCUCUAAACCACUUUUCCAAUUCUCUCUCUCCUCCCUGCUGGAAGCUGCUCCUGCUACUGUUGCGUUUUCUGCAACUGAAAAUCAGAUCAAAGCGCAUUCACUCUCUUCCCUCUCCGCUGAUCUCUACUGUUUCGGAGUCGACGGCAGCUCCGCAAUUGGCGCUCCCGCUAUCAUCACCGUCGCCAUCAUCAACAUCUGUUGUUUUUCUGUGGUCCUGUCGCUUCCUUGCGAAUUGAGGAAGCGGUGUUGAUUGCGGCGCUUGAGUUCCGAAGCUGCCGAGCUUGUAAUCGGAGCAAUUGAUUGGCUGAUUGGUUGAUAGACGAAUGCCGUGUGGGAUGGGAGGGAUUGGACUCGAGAAUGAGUAGGAUUUUGGGGUAUUGUUUGGAGAUAGUUAGGGCUCGUGCUCCGCUUUCGCAUUUCUCGCAGCUCCGGUAGGAUGAGUUCGUUAGAUGCCGGGAGAACUGGUGGACCUGUUGAAAGGGACAUCGAGCAGGCUAUAAUAGCUCUCAAAAAAGGGGCUUGCUUGCUUAAGUAUGGAAGAAGAGGGAAGCCCAAGUUUUGUCCAUUCCGGUUGGCAAAUGAUGAGUCUGCUCUAAUAUGGUUUUCAGGUAAAGAGGAGAAAUACCUCAAACUGAGUCAUGUCUCCAGAAUAAUAUCUGGGCAGCGCACUCCCAUUUUCCAAAGGUACCCAAGGCCUGAGAAGGAGUAUCAAUCAUUUUCCCUAAUAUACAAUGAUAGGUCACUGGAUCUGAUAUGUAAAGAUAAAGAGGAGGCAGAGGUCUGGUUUAGUGGGUUGAAGGCAUUGAUUUCACGUGGUCAUCAACGAAAAUGGAGGACAGAAUCAAGAAGUGAUGGGAUCUCAUCAGGUGCUAAUAGUCCCAGGACUUACACACGAAGAAGUUCUCCACUGCAUUCUCCAUUUGGUAGUGGUGAUAGCCUGCAGAAGGAUGUUGGUGAUCAGCUACGGCUCCAUAGUCCAUAUGGAAGCCCACCUAAAAAUGGUCUGGAUAAGGCAUUUUCUGAUGUGAUGUUGUUGCCUCCCAAAGGGGUUUUCCCUUCAGAUUCUGCUAGUGGUUCUCUUCAUUCCAUAUCUUCUGGAGGUUCAGAUGGGAUACAUGGUCAUAUAAAGACAAUGGGGGUAGAUGCUUUUAGGGUAAGCCUUUCAAGUGCAGUUAGCUCAUCAAGCCAAGGUUCUGGGCAUGAUGACAGUGAUGCAUUAGGUGAUGUUUUUAUCUGGGGAGAGGGUACAGGGGAUGGUGUAUUGGGUGGUGGACUUCAUAAAGUUGGCAGCCAUUUUGGGAUUAAAAUGGAUUCUUUAUUGCCUAAAGCUUUAGAAUCUGCUGUUGUACUAGAUGUACAGAAUAUCGCAUGUGGCGGACAACAUGCUGCACUUGUGACAAAGCAAGGAGAGAUAUUCUCUUGGGGUGAGGAAUCAGGAGGCAGGCUUGGACAUGGUGUUGAUUCUGAUGUUUUGCAUCCAAAGCUUAUAGAUGCCCUAAGUAAUACAAGCAUAGAGCUUGUUGCAUGUGGUGAACAUCAUACCUGUGCAGUAACACUUUCUGGUGAUUUGUACACAUGGGGUGAUGGUCAUUUUGGUCUUCUUGGGCAUGGUAAUGAAGUGAGUCAUUGGGUCCCAAAAAGAGUUAAUGGGCCUUUGGAGGGUAUACAUGUCUCAUGUAUUGCUUGUGGGCCCUGGCACACUGCUGUUGUGACCUCUGCUGGGCAAUUGUUUACUUUUGGUGAUGGGACUUUUGGUGUUCUUGGCCACGGAGAUCGGAAAAGUGUUUCCAAACCUAGGGAGGUGGAAUCUCUUAAGGGACUUAGAACUGUACGAGCUGCUUGUGGCGUUUGGCAUACUGCUGCUGUUGUAGAAGUCAUGGUUGGAAACUCAAGUUCCAGCAAUUGUUCUUCAGGAAAACUAUUUACAUGGGGAGAUGGUGAUAAGGGCCGAUUAGGACAUGGUGAUAGGGAAUCAAGACUUGUACCAACCUGUGUUGCUGCUCUUGUUGAACCCAAUUUUUGCCAGGUCGCUUGUGGACAUAGCCUAACUGUUGCUUUAACCACGGUAGGCCAAGUAUACACUAUGGGCAGUCCAGUUUAUGGGCAGUUAGGAAAUCCUCAAGCUGAUGGAAAACUUCCAUGUCGUGUUGAAGGAAAACUUGCAAAGAGUUUCGUGGAGGAGAUAGCUUGUGGCGCUUACCAUGUUGCUGUGUUGACUUCUAGAACUGAAGUGUUUACAUGGGGAAAGGGAGCAAAUGGAAGAUUAGGUCAUGGGGACAUGGACGAUAGGAAUUCACCGACCUUAGUGGAAGCUUUGAAAGAUAAGCAAGUUAAAAGUAUUGCUUGUGGGUCCAAUUUUACUGCAGUUAUCUGCCUUCACAAAUGGGUCUCAGGGGUUGAUCAAUCUAUGUGUUCUGGUUGUCGACUUCCUUUUAAUUUCAAAAGGAAACGCCAUAACUGUUAUAACUGUGGACUUGUCUAUUGUCAUUCAUGCAGCGGUAAGAAAUCAUUGAGGGCAUCAAUGGCACCAAAUCCCAAUAAACCAUAUCGAGUCUGUGAUAGUUGUUUUUAUAAAUUGAAAAAAGCUGCUGAAACUGAUGCUUCUUCUCAUUCUUCUGUGAGUAGAAGAGGAACUAAAGAUCAGGGGCUAAGUGAUGUUGUAGACAAAGAUGAGAAGUUGGAAACACGGUCCAGACCUCAUCUUAAUAGGUUUUCUUCAAUGGAAUCGUUCAAACAAGUGGAAACCCGCUCUUCCAAGCAAAAGAAGAAGUUGGAAUUCAAUAGCAGUCGUGUUUCACCUAUUCCUAAUGGUAGCUCCCAGUGGGGAGCUCUCAAUCUGUCCAAACCUUUUAAUCCAGUAUUUGGUUCAUCAAAGAAGUUUUUUUCAGCUUCAGUUCCAGGUUCAAGAAUUGUUUCUAGAGCAACAUCUCCGAUAUCGAGACGGCCCAGUCCGCCUCGUUCUACUACACCAACUCCAACUCUUGGUGGCCUCACUUCACCAAAGAUUGUACUGGAUGAUGCUAAGAAAACCAAUGAUAGCCUUAGCCAAGAGGUUACUAAACUGAGAUCACAGGUGGAAAAUCUUACACGCAAGGCUCAGGCUCAAGAGAUAGAACUGGAAAGAACUACCAAGCAGCUGAAGGAGGCAAUAGCAAUAGCAGGGGAGGAGACUGCCAAAUGCAAAGCAGCAAAAGAAGUGAUCAAGUCACUCACUGCUCAGCUGAAGGAAAUGGCUGAAAGGCUGCCUGUUGGUGCUGCCCGGAACAUCAAAUCUCCCACGCUUGCUUCCAUUAGCUCAAAUGCUCUCUCUAGUGACGCUUCAAAUGUGUCUAUUGACCAUUUGAAUGGUGAAGUCAUAUGCCAAGAUUUGGAGUCAAAUGGACCUAACUCCCAACCACUUUCUAAUGGGUCAAGCACUGCUUGUACUACCCGCAAUGCUGGUUAUAUCAGGCAAGUAAAUUCAGAAGCCUCAGCGAGAAAUGGAAGCAGAGGAAAAGAAAGUGAAUCCCGAAAUGAGAGUGAAUGGGUUGAGCAAGAUGAACCCGGUGUAUAUAUUACACUUACUUCCUUGCCAGGAGGCUUGAAGGAUCUUAAGCGUGUUCGCUUCAGCCGGAAGCGGUUUAGCGAAAAACAAGCGGAGCAAUGGUGGGCAGAGAACCGUGCAAGAGUAUAUGAAAAAUACAACGUACGCAUGACUGAUAAGUCGAGUAUUGCUGCUGGAAGCGAGGAGUAAACCCAUUGACGUGCAAACCCAGAUCAUAUAUGUGAAUGAAAUAUAUUUUUUGAUCACUUUUCCAACGUUGAUGCUUUCCCUUGGGAGAUAAUAAUAUUCAUGUCUAGGUUUGGCCUUUACCAUACUAGGUUGGAAUCAAGGGUUUCCAUGUAAGAAUUAGAAAAUAGAGGUUUGCUUGUGGGUUUUCUUUCCUCUCUCUUCAUAUGUUUCUUGGCUCUUAUUCUAAUGGCUUGUCCUAUUUUUCGUUCCCCCCACCUAAUUAUGCUCCCUUUUUUUUUUCUUCUUUUUUUCCAUAUUUUCCCCUGGGGAAUUGAGGGUGAGAAAUGUAAAUUCUGCUUUGUAGGCUGCUGAUCCUUGUUUGGAUAAGUUCACUUGUAAAUUCCACAAGUAAAUGUUUGUUCAGGCUUUAUCCAUUUUGCCUCAAUUUGUUAUUUUUUU